GCCGUCCGGUCCCUCCAUUCUGCGGCGGAUUUGCUCCGCGAAAAAAGCUAAACAAAAAACAUGGUAAAUGUUAUGAAAGGAGUGCUGGUGGAGUGUGAUCCUGCUAUGAAACAAUUCCUGCUGCACUUGGACGAGAAGCUGGCUCUGGGUCGCAAAUUUAUAAUCCAGGAUCUGGACGAGAAUCAUUUAUUCAUCUCUACGGACAUUGUGGAUGUGCUGCAAGCCCGCGUCGACGACUUGAUGGACCGCAUUAGCUUCCCGCUGCACGACAAGGACGCCUAGAAACUU